AUGAGGACAUCAGACCGAGAUAUAGGUGAAGCGUGUGGGACGAGGAACGAAUGUGCUGACGAGUAUACUGUUUGUGAACUCGGAGUGUGCACGUGCAAUGGCUCCUUCAGCUAUGAGUACACGGAAGGAGCAGAACGCUUUUGUGUUAUUUACGAAAAUGUCCUGAACAGAAGUUGUAAUAUUGCAGCACAGAUGUGUGUUGGUCUCAAUGUCGUCUGCAGUCCCGAGGGAACAUGCGUUUGUGCGGAUGGUGCCGAGGAGAGGGACGGAAUCUGCUAUACUUCCGAACUUGGGGACCCGUGCACGAAGACCGGCGGUUCCACGUGUAAGACGGAAGGCGCCGAGUGUAGCACUGUUGGGAAUGCGGGACUUGUGUGUAACUGUGGACUACUCAUUGCGGUGGAGGGAGAAUGCUAUGGCGACGAUGUUUGUGAGACCUGCACUAAUGGUUCCAUUAACACAUGUUCUGGCGAUAGGGUAGAGUGCUUGUUGGACAAAGAAAACUCAAUAUUCCGCUGUUCAUGUCCUCCUGAGUUUGCUAUACUAGUAGCUGGCAACUGUUAUGGAACGAACUAUAGUGAUCCAUGCCCACCCGAUUCUUCGAACGCCGAUAUCUGCACGUAUGCUAACGCGCAGUGCAUCAACGGGACUUGCGGUUGUGUGGAAGGUCUGGACUAUGAUGGCACUGGUUGUUAUGGCACUAACUACAGCGAUCCGUGUCCGCUUGAUCCAAGCGUGAAUACGUGUUCAUAUGAUAAUGCGAAAUGCAUCAAUGGGACUUGCGGAUGUGAAGAGGGGUUACAGUUUGAAGGCGACGGUUGUUAUGGCGACGAUGUUUGUGAGACCUGCACUAAUGGUUCCAUUAACACAUGUUCUGGCGAUAGGGUAGAGUGCUUGUUGGACAAAGAAAACUCAAUAUUCCGCUGUUCAUGUCCUCCUGAGUUUGCUGUACUAGUAGCUGGCAACUGUUAUGGAACGAACUAUAGUGAUCCAUGCCCACCCGAUUCUUCGAACGCCGAUAUCUGCACGUAUGCUAACGCGCAGUGCAUCAACGGGACUUGCGGUUGUGUGGAAGGUCUGGACUAUGAUGGCACUGGUUGUUAUGGCACUAACUACAGCGAUCCGUGUCCGCUUGAUCCAAGCGUGAAUACGUGUUCAUAUGAUAAUGCGAAAUGCAUCAAUGGGACUUGCGGAUGUGAAGAGGGGUUACAGUUUGAAGGCGACGGUUGUUAUGGCGACGAUGUUUGUGAGACCUGCACUAAUGGUUCCAUUAACACAUGUUCUGGCGAUAGGGUAGAGUGCUUGUUGGACAAAGAAAACUCAAUAUUCCGCUGUUCAUGUCCUCCUGAGUUUGCUGUACUAGUAGCUGGCAACUGUUAUGGAACGAACUAUAGUGAUCCAUGCCCACCCGAUUCUUCGAACGCCGAUAUCUGCACGUAUGCUAACGCGCAGUGCAUCAACGGGACUUGCGGUUGUGUGGAAGGUCUGGACUCUGAUGACACUGGUUGUUAUGGCACUAACUACAGCGAUCCGUGUCCGCUUGAUCCAAGCGUGAAUACGUGUUCAUAUGAUAAUGCGAAAUGCAUCAAUGGGACUUGCGGAUGUGAAGAAGGGUUACAGUUUGAAGGCGACGGUUGUUAUGGCGACGAUGUUUGUGAGACCUGCACUAAUGGUUCCAUUAACACAUGUUCUGGCGAUAGGGUAGAGUGCUUGUUGGACAAAGAAAACUCAAUAUUCCGCUGUUCAUGUCCUCCUGAGUUUGCUGUACUAGUAGCUGGCAACUGUUAUGGAACGAACUAUAGUGAUCCAUGCCCACCCGAUUCUUCGAACGCCGAUAUCUGCACGUAUGCUAACGCGCAGUGCAUCAACGGGACUUGCGGUUGUGUGGAAGGUCUGGACUAUGAUGGCACUGGUUGUUAUGGCACUAACUACAGCGAUCCGUGUCCGCUUGAUCCAAGCGUGAAUACGUGUUCAUAUGAUAAUGCGAAAUGCAUCAAUGGGACUUGCGGAUGUGAAGAGGGGUUACAGUUUGAAGGCGACGGUUGUUAUGGCGACGAUGUUUGUGAGACCUGCACUAAUGGUUCCAUUAACACAUGUUCUGGCGAUAGGAUGGAACGAACUAUAGUGAACCAUGCCCCACCCGAUUUUUCGAACGCCGAUAUCUGCACGUAUGCUAACGCGCAGUGCAUCAACGGGACUUGCGGUUGUGUGGAAGGUCUGGACUAUGAUGGCACUGGUUGUUAUGGCACUAACUACAGCGAUCCGUGUCCGCUUGAUCCAAGCGUGAAUACGUGUUCAUAUGAUAAUGCGAAAUGCAUCAAUGGGACUUGCGGAUGUGAAGAGGGGUUACAGUUUGAAGGCGACGGUUGUUAUGGCGACGAUGUUUGUGAGACCUGCACUAAUGGUUCCAUUAACACAUGUUCUGGCGAUAGGAUGGAACGAAACUAUAGUGAACCAUGCCCACCCGAUUUUUCGAACGCCGAUAUCUGCACGUAUGCUAACGCGCAGUGCAUCAACGGGACUUGCGGUUGUGUGGAAGGUCUGGACUAUGAUGGCACUGGUUGUUAUGGCACUAACUACAGCGAUCCGUGUCCGCUUGAUCCAAGCGUGAAUACGUGUUCAUAUGAUAAUGCGAAAUGCAUCAAUGGGACUUGCGGAUGUGAAGAGGGGUUACAGUUUGAAGGCGACGGUUGUUAUGGCGACGAUGUUUGUGAGACCUGCACUAAUGGUUCCAUUAACACAUGUUCUGGCGAUAGGGUAGAGUGCUUGUUGGACAAAGAAAACUCAAUAUUCCGCUGUUCAUGUCCUCCUGAGUUUGCUGUACUAGUAGCUGGCAACUGUUAUGGAACGAACUAUAGUGAUCCAUGCCCACCCGAUUCUUCGAACGCCGAUAUCUGCACGUAUGCUAACGCGCAGUGCAUCAACGGGACUUGCGGUUGUGUGGAAGGUCUGGACUAUGAUGGCACUGGUUGUUAUGGCACUAACUACAGCGAUCCGUGUCCGCUUGAUCCAAGCGUGAAUACGUGUUCAUAUGAUAAUGCGAAAUGCAUCAAUGGGACUUGCGGAUGUGAAGAGGGGUUACAGUUUGAAGGCGACGGUUGUUAUGGCGACGAUGUUUGUGAGACCUGCACUAAUGGUUCCAUUAACACAUGUUCUGGCGAUAGGGUAGAGUGCUUGUUGGACAAAGAAAACUCAAUAUUCCGCUGUUCAUGUCCUCCUGAGUUUGCUGUACUAGUAGCUGGCAACUGUUAUGGAACGAACUAUAGUGAUCCAUGCCCACCCGAUUCUUCGAACGCCGAUAUCUGCACGUAUGCUAACGCGCAGUGCAUCAACGGGACUUGCGGUUGUGUGGAAGGUCUGGACUAUGAUGGCACUGGUUGUUAUGGCACUAACUACAGCGAUCCGUGUCCGCUUGAUCCAAGCGUGAAUACGUGUUCAUAUGAUAAUGCGAAAUGCAUCAAUGGGACUUGCGGAUGUGAAGAGGGGUUACAGUUUGAAGGCGACGGUUGUUAUGGCGACGAUGUUUGUGAGACCUGCACUAAUGGUUCCAUUAACACAUGUUCUGGCGAUAGGGUAGAGUGCUUGUUGGACAAAGAAAACUCAAUAUUCCGCUGUUCAUGUCCUCCUGAGUUUGCUGUACUAGUAGCUGGCAACUGUUAUGGAACGAACUAUAGUGAUCCAUGCCCACCCGAUUCUUCGAACGCCGAUAUCUGCACGUAUGCUAACGCGCAGUGCAUCAACGGGACUUGCGGUUGUGUGGAAGGUCUGGACUAUGAUGGCACUGGUUGUUAUGGCACUAACUACAGCGAUCCGUGUCCGCUUGAUCCAAGCGUGAAUACGUGUUCAUAUGAUAAUGCGAAAUGCAUCAAUGGGACUUGCGGAUGUGAAGAGGGGUUACAGUUUGAAGGCGACGGUUGUUAUGGCGACGAUGUUUGUGAGACCUGCACUAAUGGUUCCAUUAACACAUGUUCUGGCGAUAGGGUAGAGUGCUUGUUGGACAAAGAAAACUCAAUAUUCCGCUGUUCAUGUCCUCCUGAGUUUGCUGUACUAGUAGCUGGCAACUGUUAUGGAACGAACUAUAGUGAUCCAUGCCCACCCGAUUCUUCGAACGCCGAUAUCUGCACGUAUGCUAACGCGCAGUGCAUCAACGGGACUUGCGGUUGUGUGGAAGGUCUGGACUAUGAUGGCACUGGUUGUUAUGGCACUAACUACAGCGAUCCGUGUCCGCUUGAUCCAAGCGUGAAUACGUGUUCAUAUGAUAAUGCGAAAUGCAUCAAUGGGACUUGCGGAUGUGAAGAGGGGUUACAGUUUGAAGGCGACGGUUGUUAUGGCGACGAUGUUUGUGAGACCUGCACUAAUGGUUCCAUUAACACAUGUUCUGGCGAUAGGGUAGAGUGCUUGUUGGACAAAGAAAACUCAAUAUUCCGCUGUUCAUGUCCUCCUGAGUUUGCUGUACUAGUAGCUGGCAACUGUUAUGGAACGAACUAUAGUGAUCCAUGCCCACCCGAUUCUUCGAACGCCGAUAUCUGCACGUAUGCUAACGCGCAGUGCAUCAACGGGACUUGCGGUUGUGUGGAAGGUCUGGACUAUGAUGGCACUGGUUGUUAUGGCACUAACUACAGCGAUCCGUGUCCGCUUGAUCCAAGCGUGAAUACGUGUUCAUAUGAUAAUGCGAAAUGCAUCAAUGGGACUUGCGGAUGUGAAGAGGGGUUACAGUUUGAAGGCGACGGUUGUUAUGGCGACGAUGUUUGUGAGACCUGCACUAAUGGUUCCAUUAACACAUGUUCUGGCGAUAGGGUAGAGUGCUUGUUGGACAAAGAAAACUCAAUAUUCCGCUGUUCAUGUCCUCCUGAGUUUGCUGUACUAGUAGCUGGCAACUGUUAUGGAACGAACUAUAGUGAUCCAUGCCCACCCGAUUCUUCGAACGCCGAUAUCUGCACGUAUGCUAACGCGCAGUGCAUCAACGGGACUUGCGGUUGUGUGGAAGGUCUGGACUAUGAUGGCACUGGUUGUUAUGGCACUAACUACAGCGAUCCGUGUCCGCUUGAUCCAAGCGUGAAUACGUGUUCAUAUGAUAAUGCGAAAUGCAUCAAUGGGACUUGCGGAUGUGAAGAGGGGUUACAGUUUGAAGGCGACGGUUGUUAUGGCGACGAUGUUUGUGAGACCUGCACUAAUGGUUCCAUUAACACAUGUUCUGGCGAUAGGAUGGAACGAACUAUAGUGAUCCAUGCCCACCCGAUUCUUCGAACGCCGAUAUCUGCACGUAUGCUAACGCGCAGUGCAUCAACGGGACUUGCGGUUGUGUGGAAGGUCUGGGACUAUGAUGGCACUGGUUGUUAUGGCACUAACUACAGCGAUCCGUGUCCGCUUGAUCCAAGCGUGAAUACGUGUUCAUAUGAUAAUGCGAAAUGCAUCAAUGGGACUUGCGGAUGUGAAGAGGGGUUACAGUUUGAAGGCGACGGUUGUUAUGGAACGAACUAUAGUGAUCCAUGCCCACCCGAUUCUUCGAACGCCGAUAUCUGCACGUAUGCUAACGCGCAGUGCAUCAACGGGACUUGCGGUUGUGUGGAAGGUCUGGACUAUGAUGGCACUGGUUGUUAUGGCACUAACUACAGCGAUCCGUGUCCGCUUGAUCCAAGCGUGAAUACGUGUUCAUAUGAUAAUGCGAAAUGCAUCAAUGGGACUUGCGGAUGUGAAGAGGGGUUACAGUUUGAAGGCGACGGUUGUUAUGGCGACGAUGUUUGUGAGACCUGCACUAAUGGUUCCAUUAACACAUGUUCUGGCGAUAGGGUCGAGUGCUUGUUGGACAAAGAAAACUCAAUAUUCCGCUGUUCAUGUCCUCCUGAGUUUGCUAUACUAGUAGCUGGCAACUGUUAUGGAACGAACUAUAGUGAUCCAUGCCCACCCGAUUCUUCGAACGCCGAUAUCUGCACGUAUGCUAACGCGCAGUGCAUCAACGGGACUUGCGGUUGUGUGGAAGGUCUGGACUAUGAUGGCACUGGUUGUUAUGGCACUAACUACAGCGAUCCGUGUCCGCUUGAUCCAAGCGUGAAUACGUGUUCAUAUGAUAAUGCGAAAUGCAUCAAUGGGACUUGCGGAUGUGAAGAGGGGUUACAGUUUGAAGGCGACGGUUGUUAUGGAACGAACUAUAGUGAUCCAUGCCCACCCGAUUCUUCGAACGCCGAUAUCUGCACGUAUGCUAACGCGCAGUGCAUCAACGGGACUUGCGGUUGUGUGGAAGGUCUGGACUAUGAUGGCACUGGUUGUUAUGGCACUAACUACAGCGAUCCGUGUCCGCUUGAUCCAAGCGUGAAUACGUGUUCAUAUGAUAAUGCGAAAUGCAUCAAUGGGACUUGCGGAUGUGAAGAGGGGUUACAGUUUGAAGGCGACGGUUGUUAUGGCGACGAUGUUUGUGAGACCUGCACUAAUGGUUCCAUUAACACAUGUUCUGGCGAUAGGGUCGAGUGCUUGUUGGACAAAGAAAACUCAAUAUUCCGCUGUUCAUGUCCUCCUGAGUUUGCUAUACUAGUAGCUGGCAACUGUUAUGGAACGAACUAUAGUGAUCCAUGCCCACCCGAUUCUUUGAACGCCGAUAUCUGCACGUAUGCUAACGCGCAGUGCAUCAACGGGACUUGCGGUUGUGUGGAAGGUCUGGACUAUGAUGGCACUGGUUGUUAUGGCACUAACUACAGCGAUCCGUGUCCGCUUGAUCCAAGCGUGAAUACGUGUUCAUAUGAUAAUGCGAAAUGCAUCAAUGGGACUUGCGGAUGUGAAGAGGGGUUACAGUUUGAAGGCGACGGUUGUUAUGGAACGAACUAUAGUGAUCCAUGCCCACCCGAUUCUUCGAACGCCGAUAUCUGCACGUAUGCUAACGCGCAGUGCAUCAACGGGACUUGCGGUUGUGUGGAAGGUCUGGACUUUGAUGGCACUGGUUGUUAUGGCACUAACUACAGCGAUCCGUGUCCGCUUGAUCCAAGCGUGAAUACGUGUUCAUAUGAUAAUGCGAAAUGCAUCAAUGGGACUUGCGGAUGUGAAGAGGGGUUACAGUUUGAAGGCGACGGUUGUUAUGGCGACGAUGUUUGUGAGACCUGCACUAAUGGUUCCAUUAACACAUGUUCUGGCGAUAGGGUAGAGUGCUUGUUGGACAAAGAAAACUCAAUAUUCCGCUGUUCAUGUCCUCCUGAGUUUGCUGUACUAGUAGCUGGCAACUGUUAUGGAACGAACUAUAGUGAUCCAUGCCCACCCGAUUCUUCGAACGCCGAUAUCUGCACGUAUGCUAACGCGCAGUGCAUCAACGGGACUUGCGGUUGUGUGGAAGGUCUGGACUAUGAUGGCACUGGUUGUUAUGGCACUAACUACAGCGAUCCGUGUCCGCUUGAUCCAAGCGUGAAUACGUGUUCAUAUGAUAAUGCGAAAUGCAUCAAUGGGACUUGCGGAUGUGAAGAGGGGUUACAGUUUGAAGGCGACGGUUGUUAUGGAACUAACUAUAGUGAUCCAUGCCCACCCGAUUCUUCGAACGCCGAUAUCUGCACGUAUGCUAACGCGCAGUGCAUCAACGGGACUUGCGGUUGUGUGGAAGGUCUGGACUAUGAUGGCACUGGUUGUUAUGAUGGCACUAACUACAGCGAUCCGUGUCCGCUUGAUCCAAGCGUGAAUACGUGUUCAUAUGAUAAUGCGAAAUGCAUCAAUGGGACUUGCGGAUGUGAAGAGGGGUUACAGUUUGAAGGCGACGGUUGUUAUGGAACGAACUAUAGUGAUCCAUGCCCACCCGAUUCUUCGAACGCCGAUAUCUGCACGUAUGCUAACGCGCAGUGCAUCAACGGGACUUGCGGUUGUGUGGAAGGUCUGGACUAUGAUGGCACUGGUUGUUAUGGCACUAACUACAGCGAUCCGUGUCCGCUUGAUCCAAGCGUGAAUACGUGUUCAUAUGAUAAUGCGAAAUGCAUCAAUGGGACUUGCGGAUGUGAAGAGGGGUUACAGUUUGAAGGCGACGGUUGUUAUGGAACGAACUAUAGUGAUCCAUGCCCACCCGAUUCUUCGAACGCCGAUAUCUGCACGUAUGCUAACGCGCAGUGCAUCAACGGGACUUGCGGUUGUGUGGAAGGUCUGGACUAUGAUGGCACUGGUUGUUAUGGCACUAACUACAGCGAUCCGUGUCCGCUUGAUCCAAGCGUGAAUACGUGUUCAUAUGAUAAUGCGAAAUGCAUCAAUGGGACUUGCGGAUGUGAAGAGGGGUUACAGUUUGAAGGCGACGGUUGUUAUGGAACGAACUAUAGUGAUCCAUGCCCACCCGAUUCUUCGAACGCCGAUAUCUGCACGUAUGCUAACGCGCAGUGCAUCAACGGGACUUGCGGUUGUGUGGAAGGUCUGGACUAUGAUGGCACUGGUUGUUAUGGCACUAACUACAGCGAUCCGUGUCCGCUUGAUCCAAGCGUGAAUACGUGUUCAUAUGAUAAUGCGAAAUGCAUCAAUGGGACUUGCGGAUGUGAAGAGGGGUUACAGUUUGAAGGCGACGGUUGUUAUGGAACGAACUAUAGUGAUCCAUGCCCACCCGAUUCUUCGAACGCCGAUAUCUGCACGUAUGCUAACGCGCAGUGCAUCAACGGGACUUGCGGUUGUGUGGAAGGUCUGGACUAUGAUGGCACUGGUUGUUAUGGCACUAACUACAGCGAUCCGUGUCCGCUUGAUCCAAGCGUGAAUACGUGUUCAUAUGAUAAUGCGAAAUGCAUCAAUGGGACUUGCGGAUGUGAAGAGGGGUUACAGUUUGAAGGCGACGGUUGUUAUGGAACGAACUAUAGUGAUCCAUGCCCACCCGAUUCUUCGAACGCCGAUAUCUGCACGUAUGCUAACGCGCAGUGCAUCAACGGGACUUGCGGUUGUGUGGAAGGUCUGGACUAUGAUGGCACUGGUUGUUAUGGUACUAUGUACUUGGACGCGUGCCCACCGGAUGAGAGUGGGGUGGACACGUGCACAUAUGCAAAUGGCGAGUGCGUUAACGGGACCUGCCUUUGUGAGGUGGACCUCGAGUUUAUGGGCGAUGGCUGUUUCGGCUCGGAGAUCUACGAGGUGUGUCGGGCAGUGCCAGACUCCUGCGAUAGUUCUCUGGAUCUUGUCUGCGUUAAUGGAACGUGCCUCUGUGCGUAUCCGCUCACCGAGGUCAACUACAUUUGUGUGGAAGGUAUACUGGACGACAUAUGUGACGUCAAUCCCGACACGUGCACGACGCUGUUCUCGGAGUGCGCGGUGAACGGCACGUGUCAGUGUAAGGACAACUACGUGCGGGAAGACGGUAUUUGCAGGCCGAUACUUGGAGCGGAUUGUGACCCGGUGCUUAACGGGACGGACCAGUGCGCAGACCCUAACGCAGCGUGUGGCGUGCUGUCGGAACAGAAAGAGUUCUGCAAUAACGUGUGCUGGUGCACAGACGGCUUCGUUAUCGACAUCCAGGACAAUUGCGGUGGAACAUGUGUACCACAGAAGACGUACAGUGAGGUGUGUGAUCCGUCUAUCAGAGACAUUUGUGCCCCCGUGGAUACGCUCGAGUGCUCGGUUAACGGCACGGAGUUCGUCUGCGACUGUCUGACUGGCUUCGUCUACAACGGGACAGAAUGUGUCAGACCAGACCUGUAUUACAACGACACAUGCACGUGCGAGGAUAUCUGCCUGCCGCCUGAAACUGUCGUCUGCAACUCUACCACCGGAAAGUGUGACUGUCGUGAAGGUUUUAUCUACAACGCAACUAGCGGUCAGUGCGAGCGGCCACCGGGUGACGGAAUUGACCUUGGUGAUCCGUGCUUAGCGGCAGUGUCGUGUGGCCAGUACCCAAACGUGAAGUGCGAGUUUCCGGAUACACAGGGUACAGGCAAAAAAAAUAAGGUGUGUCAGUGUGACGACGACAAGGACUUCUGUGAGGUGGACGGCGUCUGUGUACUCAGCGCGUCGCCCUGCCCUUAAUCCGCACUGCCGACCCGCCAGUGGCCAAGUCACUUCAGACUUGCUCGACCUACCACCAAAUCAAUGUACUUUACAUUGGCUGAACAUCGAGUGUUAUAUCAUGUAUCUUUUUCAUAAACAGUUUACGACAACCUAGUGUCUACUAUCAAGGACCAAAAAAUGUUUGAUAUCUAAUAUUUGUAUUGUUUAUCUAUUAUCAGCAGACUUGCCUGACCCAAAUGGCUUCAUCGCCGUGAUUAAUACUUAAUGCGGUUCCAAUUAUCAACCUUAGUUUCGUGACACAGUCUUCAAUGAUACUUGCAACUCUUUUUCGAUCCCUUAUUCCGAACGUUGUUCUAAAACUGUGAUACCAUAGGUUUUAUUUAAACCAAGAAACAACUUGACUUCAUAUUUCAUUUCUCAUUUUAUUUUAGGCAAAUGACAUUUAAACGGUUUGGAAUAUUUAUCAUGACUCUAUUCUAAGUUUAAGUCCAUUCAUUUGGACACAGUAAUCAAUUGGUUGCAAAAUAGCAAAUUAUCACAGAGUGAUAUAAUAUGAUGAUCAAAAAGCAAGAUCACAAAGCGAUAUACAAUGUUGGACGUGCAUAAUAAUUCUGGAAAGAAAAAUAUUCGAUUAGUAUUGACCCGAUAAAGGCCGUUUGGUCAACUGCCACAUGUUGGCGUCUUCCAUGGCGACCAACCCUAAA